AUGGGUAUCUGUCAAGAAGUUCUGAAAGAAUUAAUAGCGACUUACAGUAUGGGAAACGAAUCUACAUCUACAGAGACUAUCCAACUACUUCAAGUUAUGUGUCAGAUGUAUAUCAACCGAGCUACUCGCCUUCAAUUUCACUGCGUCGAUCCCGGUCAUACAGUGGUCUGUAUGAUAACAGCUCACUUUAUGGAUAUUCAUAUCCACCUUUUGGGGGUCAGAAAGUCGAUAUUUACGAUGACACUGUGUACAGAAGAUAUUACUAGUAGAGAAGAAUUAUCAUACAUCAUCGUAGAGAAUCUCUUUCAUCAAUUACUACUUUCAGAAUACUAUCCCGUAUUGUGA